AUUAUUUAUUUGUUUAUUUAUAAAAUGAAUAGACCAAGACCAAAUCAUAUGAGUAAUUCAUUAAUUAAAGCGUAUUAAGAUCGUAGCCAAAAGCGAGUUGCGAAAAGGGCAGCAGAGAUUUUGGUGCUGCAAAAUCAAUGGGAACUAGACAAAAGCGCAUACUUUCCCGACUAUGUCUUGAAAUUGUGGUACGAAAAUAAACAAAAUUAUUUACAUUUAAAUGGAGCAAGUAAAGGUCGCUAAAUUUUGAAGUUCAACGAUUCAGAGAGCAUUAAUUAAGAUUCAAAUUAAAGCAAUAACACUUAAUUAAGUGCCGAUGAAAAAAGCAAAAAUUUCGCGUUGUGGAAACGUAAAUCUUAGACUUUUAAUAAUCAAGCCAAUCUAUGAGCACUUAACAUACAACCUCUAGAGCAAUUCUGUUUUCAAAUAAAAAACCAAAAAUUAAAUAAAAAAAAAAAAUAAACCAAAAUGCACAAACACAAAACACAACCGUAAAACGUUGAACUUACUCAUGUUAAUUAAAAAAAAAACAAAAAAAAAAUAAAUAAAUAAAAAUAAAGCCACAUACUAAUAUCUAUGUGAUACCAAACAUAUAAUGUUGUUAACUUUUAAAAACAACUUAAAUAAAUUAAAUAACGAAACUUUAUUAUCACUUUCAAUUCCAAAAAGUUAACUCCAAAGCAAAACUAAUAGUCAUAAUUUUAAAUCUGCUUACUCCACUCCAAAGUUUACAAAUCCACAUGUCGAAGUGCUGUAAAAAACGUGCAAAUAUCGGCAUUACCAAGUUAGUUGUAGGCUAAAUAAAAAAAAAGUUGGUGACAAAUAAUGGACACAAGCCUAACACAACAAAGAAACCGUUUACAAUCUGCACCAUCAAGUACGUCAACAGUCAUUAGUGUCGGACCGAAUACCAAUAGUAACUCACAAACCACUGUCAUGCCCCAAUCUCAAUCCCCCCCGCCAGAACGAAAUAGUUCGACAUCGUCCUUUGUAAAUCUACUUGAUGGUUUCACAGCGCGUGUGUCUGGUGAUCGUAGUCAAAGUGCAGCCAGUACGCCAAGUUCGACAACUUCAUCUGGUGGUGCUGGGCCCGUGGUAGCUGGCGGGUCUAUAGCAAGUUUAACAAGCAUCGGUUCAUUAGGUACAACUGCAAAUGCGUUUUACUCUUCGAUCGGACUAGCGUUCAAUUCACUCACAUCUCCAAUUACAGCAGCAGCAGCAGCUGCAACAGCUAGAACCGCAGAAACUGCUGCAGUAGUUGUGGCUGCUGCAUCAGCGCUAUCGAAUCAUUUAAGUUCGCCAACAAGCGGUUCGCCACCCCACAUUGAUGACCUCGACGACGACGAUGAAGACUGUGAAGAUGACGAUGAUGACGACAGGCAUGUACCAGCACCCACGCCGAGAAAAACAUGGUCUGAGAUAAAGGCGACUGUAAAUGAUAUGCGUAAGCAAUUGUCACAUAUGUCAACUAUGGUGCCAACAAACAUACAGUUUCGCACGCUAUCAGAUGGUCGUGUGCGCUGUUAUUUCUUGAGUACGCCACCAAAUGCAUGGGAAACUACACUGCUUUAUGCCGAUAUUAAUGCAAACUCAAAUGACGAACAACUAGCACAAGAAUUACAACAAGAAACGACUAGUAUACGCACGAGUACUUCGCCACCAACAUCUCAGGCAUCUUCACCCAACACCAGUAGCUUUCUUGGCAGUUAUCAAAGCAAAAGGCUUAACUGGAACAUAGUAUUACAACAACCAAUAUCUAGUUUUGCCGCUUCUACGGGAGGCAAUGUUAAUGCAUGGUCUAGAGAAUUUCAGUUAUUACAAGAACGUAAGAGGCUAUCGACUUGGGGCAUAACCUCCUACGAACUACAUAAACCAAGCGGAAUGAUAGUGUUUCCAUGCUUUAGUGACUUGUACCAGUGCCUUGAUACUGGCUAUAACUUAAGUCCCUUAUUUCCCACUCAAUUACGCACUUGUCCUCAGUGGUCUGCUUUGGAUCCUCAAAUAUGUCCACAAAACUCUGAUUUAAUUGCCUAUAUAAGCGGCUGUGAUAUUUGGGUAACACAUACGUUAAGUGGCCAUGAAGAACGUUUAACGUUUGCUCACGAUGGACGUCGUUCAUUCGCUGAUGAUCCUUUAAGUGCUGGUGUGCCAUCAUAUGUAAUGCAAGAAGAAUUUAGUCGAUAUCAAGGGUAUUGGUGGCAACCACACUCCGAAGAUUGUGUAUAUCGCAUAGUAUUUGAAGAAGUAGACGAAUCUGACGUUUGCCUAUACACAUUUCCUUCAUCACAAGCAAUACCUGGUGAAAUGGAAGAGUAUCGAUUUCCACGCACCGGUACACCUAACGCUAAAUCAAAACUUAAAAUGGUGCAGUUUACAUUAAAUGAAUCACUACAGAUAGCGGAUGUUUGUAUAAAAGAUUUGCCAUAUACAUUAUCAUUAGUUUUUCCAUGGUUAGAAUAUAUUGUGCGUGUUGGCUGGACACCGGAUUCAAAUUAUGUUUGGAUGCAAGCUAUGAAUCGAAAACAACAGCAUUUGGAAUUGAUACUUAUACCUUUGGAUAAUUUCUGCGAAACCUACAAUAGUUCAGCUUCAUCACCAUCAGGUUCCGUAGAGCAUAGUUGGAAAAGUCAAUAUUGUCGCGCGAUUUCACCACCCCAAGUUAUAUACUCACAAUUUUCGGAAUCCUGGAUAAAUGUGCACGAUUUACUGUACUUUCUGGAAAUCACAGAAUCCACCGUAACAUUUAUAUGGGCAUCUGAAGAGACCGGCUUUAGACAUUUGUAUUUGGUAACAUCAAGUAUAAGUGGGACUAUAUUAAACGGUUGUAAAGAGACUAUAGUUAAUGCAAAUUUAACAAAAAGAAUAGGCCAAAAUUCAUCUGUAGUAAUAGAUGCAGUUCCAGAUUUCAUGGAAGGCGUUACAUUACGACCAAGAAUUAUUAAUAAGGUUGCGCUUACUUCCGGUGAAUGGGAAGUUCUCGGCCGAAAUUUAUGGGUUGAUAACGCGAAACAACUAGUCUAUUUUCUUGGCUUAAGAGAUACACCACUUGAAAAGCAUUUAUACGUAGUUAGUUUGCAGAGACCGGAACAUAUACGUUUAUUAACUGAGCCUGGUUACUCAUAUUUAGUAGAAUUUGAUGAGUCAUGUCAAUUUAUGCUUCAAGUUUACUGUAAUAUUCAACGCCUCCCAUCAUGUAAAGUUAUGCGAGUAACGCAGACAUGUCAAAAUGGCGGUGUUAAUGGUAUACAAAUAUCGCUGAUGGGUUACUUAAAUGAAGGCGGUAAAGCAGAACCACAAUAUUGUCCACAAAUAUUUCGGCCGCAAUUACCUUCUGGUGAAAUUGUAUACGCUAUGGUGUUCAAACCACACAAUUUUCAUUUGGGUAUAAAAUAUCCCACUGUGUUAAACGUU